CGACCUCUACCAGCCACUCCGAGUUAGGUGAUGCUGCAACAGGAUAGAAGUUCCGUAGCCGAUCAUCUCUAACCUUUUCGAAAUCAGCAACAUGCUAACCCCCCAUUCACUUCACCUCGUGUCUCGCCAGACACGACAGCUAAGUAACUGGCCAUGUUGUCAUCAACACGGCUGGCAGCUAAGACGGAUCGAGCUCCGUUUAAGCCAUGCAUGUAUGUACGUACUCACAACGCAAACGAGGAGUGAGUGAGUUUCCAACGUGUCCAUACAGAGAGAGAGAGAGAGAGAGGAAGGCCGAGAUGCACCAACGGCAAGAAGGGGGUAGCUGUCAGGUAUUCAAACAUUUGAAUAUUUGCCUCGGCGACGUCCCACCUGUCCGCGUUCUUCCGGAAGCGGGAUCGACGCGUGCGUCCUGUUUGCGUGUGUUCGGGAGCACUGCCAACAAGUCCGCCUCGGGUCAGCAGGUAGAUAGCAACCAUUGGGAGUUUGGGACCUCGUACUGUGAAAUACUUCUUGGGCGUUUUGUAUGUCGGCUGUCCUUCUUAUCCUGUUCUAUCAGAUUCCUGGCCCAAUAUCGGGUCUCAUAUGAGUUACGCCUUGAAAGAGCUACAUGUUUCCUUUUGCUAUCGUGUAACAUCUCCACGCAGGUUAGCCUAUGCUGUAAAGGCUUCACUCAGGAUUCCACAAGCCAUAUCGACCUCUUCCUACCAGAAACAAGACCGGAGCAGGGAGAACGAGAGACGGAAGACGGCGAUGAUGGUGGCAUCGUGGGCACUAUGGAAGGCCCUCCAUUUCACCUCACCGUCAAGGGUUGCCUACAUCAUGAAGGAGAGAUAAAAGGGCGGCUUAGGGAUGGAGAAGUACCCUCAUAUGAAAUAGCGAGGAAGCGCAAAGUUAGAUGAUAUGUAAAUGGUUAGGUAAAUAAGUCUGUAAAUAAUCUAGGUCGCAAGCCACUCCCAGGGAAAUAGACAAGGAACCGUGACAUGUAGACAAUAGUCGUCUGAACCCCAAGCCCCUCCACUGGCCUCCCAAAAAGGACCAGAGGGAGUACGACAUGUAAAACACACAA